AUGGGGAACUGCUGCUGGACGCAGUGCUUUGGGCUCCUCCGCAAGGAAGCGGGGCGGCUGCAACGUGUAGGAGGCGGUGGAGGAAGUGCAUACCUCCGUAGCUGCGAACUACGAGGUCAGCAUCUAGUCCUCAAGUUUGAGAAUCUAGUAGAAAGUGAUGAAGGAGAAAGCCCAGGAAGCAGUCAUAGGCCUCUUACUGAGGAAGAAAUUGCUGAUUUAAGAGAAAGGCAUUAUGAUUCCAUUGCUGAUAAGCAAAAAUAUAUUGAUUUAAAAAUUCAGAAAGAGUUAGAGUUACAAGAAGAGAAGUUAAGACUAGAAGAAGAAGCUUUAUACGCUGCACAGCGUGAAGCAGCCAGGGCAGCAAAGCAGCGAAAGCUCUUGGAGCAAGAAAGGCAGAGGGCUGCACAGCGAUAUCGUCUUUCCCACAGUGGAGAAUAUCAAAGUUCAGGACCAGAUGAUGACUUUGAAUCCUGUUUGAGAAAUAUAAAGUCACAGUAUGAAGUUUUUCGAAGUAGUAGACUCUCAUCUGAUGCCACAGUUUUGACACCAAACACGGAAAGCAGUUGUGAUUUAAUGACCAAAACUAAGUCAACCAGUGGAAAUGAUGACAGCACCUCCUUAGACCUAGAGUGGGAAGAUGAAGAAGGAAUGAAUAGAAUGCUUCCAAUGAGAGAACGUUCCAAAACCGAGGAAGAUAUUCUCCGAGCAGCACUUAAAUACAGCAGCAAGAAAACUGGAAGUAAUCCUACGUCAGCCUCUGAUGAUUCCAACGGGCUGGAGUGGGAAAAUGAUUUUGUUAGUGCCGAAAUGGAUGAUAACGGAAAUUCUGAGUAUUCUGGAUUUGUAAAUCCUGUACUAGAACUGUCUGAUUCUGGCAUAAAGCAGUCAGAUGCAGAUCAGCAAAAUCGAUAG